AAGGAAUCGUGAACGCAUUAACACGCACUGAAAUCACAGAGGAAUAUGGUUAUCACCAUGAUGAAAAAUACGAGAGAAAUGGUUUUACUUUUCAUAACGGUACAUCUGUGCAUCCUCAUCACAAAGGCUGAAUCGCUGUGCAGACUAGAGAAAAUCAAAAAAAUCAAAAAGGAACAAUUAAUAUGCGAGUACCAUCUUGAUGUAACGGAGAUAUUCACAAUGACCUACAAUGAAACGCGAGUCAUACCUGACUGUACUGAUAUCAAUGGAAAAAGUCUCGAGAAAUGUGUCGCAUGUCCUGUAAAUUCUGACUGUGGUGGUACAGAUGAAGCGAUAUCAUUUGAUCAUGUGACCAGCGCUGAUGGAAUAUAUCGUAAAGUGAUUGCGAUAAAUGGACAGUCACCAGGUCCAAAACUCGAGGCGAUAGAAGGCGCUCAUGUGGUGGUGCAUGUGACAAAUAACAUGUUGACAGAAUCUAUAAGUGUGCAUUGGCAUGGCGUACACAUGAAAGACAACUUCUACAUGGAUGGUGUCCCCUAUGUCUCACAAUGUCCUAUAGAUCCUGGCCAAACCUUUACUUACAGAUUUUUCGCACAACAGGCAGGAACAUAUAUCUAUCAUAGCCAUACGGCUGCCCAGGCUUCUGACGGUCUUGCAGGGGCGUUUAUCAUUCACAGAACGCUUGAUCCAUUGGGCAACACAUACGAUUAUAUACGUGUUGACAAUGUACUUACUAAACCCCCUCCGAAUGAUUUCAUGAUGGUAAUACAGGACUGGCGACACAAGGAUGCUGAGGAAUUGCUUCUAUAUGAACAUAGCGGAGGAUUUUACCCAGACAACCCAUUUUUUCCGAAUGGAACAAAAAAGUUUCUCAGAGGCAAAUCGAGUGAUGGCACAUUCAAUACGAAUAUACCAUAUACAUCUGGUCUAAUCAACGGACGAAUGCGAUAUAAGGGAAAGUAUGUUCCGCACACUAGAAUACCAAUCGAUGAUGUGUCAAACCAGGUCCCAUAUGCAGAGUUCAAAGUCAAAGCGGGAAGCAAGUCUAGAUUUAGAAUGAUAGGAGCUCAGUUUCAGUUCCCGUAUAUGAUAUCAAUUGAUGGUCAUCAGCUAACAGUGAUUGCAACUGAUGGUCACGAUAUUAAUCCUAUUGUGGUUGACAAUAUUGUCAUAUUCUCCGGGGAGCGAUAUGAUUUUGUCGUGCAUGCAAAUCAGAACAGUAUUGCCUCCGAGUUUUGGAUUAGGGGGACAGCAAUGGAAUACGAUAAACCAGAAUUUGAAUACAUGGAUCCAAAUCAAGAAAUCCUAGCGAUUCUUAGAUACGAAAACAGCAGAGACUACAUCCCUACCACAUCAAGAGGAUCGUACACAUUGCAGGGUAAUGCGGUUAGGAUCCUGAAUUGCCCUGUCAAUUAUUUUCCGACAACCCUGGAUGGUGACGGAAAACCACAUGAAUGUAUAAAGGUUUCAGAUGUUAAACGUUUCAAAACUAACAGUAUGACUGGCCAUGGGGUUCCUAAAUCAGAAGACUCCAAACAAUAUUUCUUUAACUUUGCGAACAAUGGAGACGAAAGUGAACCAGCGGUGAAUGGAAAACAUUUUUUAGGACCAUCUGGUUUCUAUGGAUCGGAAAUACCGAGUCACGAGAUAACUCCAUGUCCAGAUAGGUGUUCAGCAGAGAAUGUCAUUGCUGAUGGCUGUCACUGUACCCAUGCAGUCCUAUUAAAACACAAUGGCGUUUACCAAUUUGUUCUUCUCAACAUGGGGACCGAAGGAGGAGGUCGAAUCGUCCAGGGUGUCAGAUUUGGUAUCACGCACCCCAUCCACAUGCAUGGUCACCACUUCAACGUGCUAAAGAUGGUUUACCCAGAACUGGAUGAAUAUGGCAUCUAUAAGAGGGCAUCUGAUGAUAUUUGCUGUCCUUGUCCGGAUGAUGAAACAAAGUGCUGCACAAAUCUUGAUGACAGUAACCGAAUGCACACUUCAAGCACCGGUGGCCUAGUAUUUUGCAAGAAUCCAAGAUGGCGAAACGCAACGUGGGGAGAGAAUAUACCAGGUCUUAAUCAUGUAGACCCUCCAUUGAAAGACACUGUCAUUGUUCCACCUGGAGGCUAUACAGUUAUUGAAUUCAAGGCAGAAAACCCAGGUCGAUGGUUGAUACAUUGUCAUACAACGGAGCACCUCGUGCAUGGGAUGACUGUGCUGUUAUUGGAAGCAGCUGAGUUGAUUCCCAAACCUCCACCAGGACUACCCCGCUGUUCUAGUUUCAAUUAUACAAAAGAUGACUACUUUAAAAGAUUUCGAAAGAAUGGAAAUCAUCAAAACACAGAGGUUUUAAAACAAAUGCCGCUUGAGAGGGCUCAAUGAAAACUAUACCUAAGAAUAUCAAUAAUAUUUCAUGUGAGAAAGUAUAAUCAUAAGGACAGAAGUAGAUCUACAUUUAGAACACCCAUAAACGGUACCCAAAAAAGCUCAAAUUGGAUUCAUCCACAUGACUUAAAAUAUUACAAUUUAGAAAUCAUAUGUUAAUAAGUGUUAAAAACAAAUAAUAAUCUCAACAUUUGUACAAUUUAGAAAAA